AUGGGUGUCCUCUUCUCGACACUCUUCGGCGGACUCUUUGGCUCAAAGGAGGUUCGAAUACUCAUCCUAGGUCUGGACAAUGCAGGCAAAACGACGAUAUUGUAUCGGCUUCAAGUGGAUGAUGUCGUAGAGACCAUACCAACCAUCGGCUUCAACGUAGAGACGAUACAAGUGAAAAAUGUGAAGCUACAGGUGUGGGACUUGG